UACAAAGUAGAGCGGUAUCACUUUUAGUUACGUGAUAUUCCGACUAAUUCUUAGUAUCCUUAAAUAUAAUAAUAAAAAAAAGCAAAAGUUCUUGUGAUAAAACAGAAGAUAUUUAUUCAAUUAAUUUGUGAAGAAACAGACUAACAUGAAGAUACUUUUCACAUUUUUAUGCGUGGCAAGCCUCGCAUUAUCAAUAAAAGCUGGAAUACCUGAUUGUAUUCAUGCUGGUUAUUCUUACCCAGCUCCGUCUGUUUCACUUAGUGCGCCAGCUAUUUCAGUAGCUGCUCCCGCUGUUUCUGUGGCAGCACCCGUUGUAUCAGUCACUGCAGCACCAAUUUACAAAGCAUCAAUCGCACCAGCGGUGACAUACGCUAAAACAGUUGGAGUAGCAUAUGCAGAUCAAUCCCCAGCCUCAAAAUAUGCAGCCGUUGUUCCUGCCGUAUCAGGUUACGCCACAUCCAGUGGCGCUGUUUCUAACUUAAUUUCUCCGCCAGUAAUCUCUAAGACAUAUCUACCUGCUGCACCAGCUAUAGCUAAAGUAGCAUAUUCCGCCGCACCAGCUGUGUCAUAUGCCGCCGCACCAGCCGUAACAUAUGCCGCUGCCCCAGCUGUCGCUAAAAUCGCCUAUUCUCAAGCAGCCGACGUAUCGCAUUCUUACUUCUCCGGAGGUGCUGCCAAAGUUGCAUAUGCUGCUCCAGCUGUCGCCGUUUCUGCUGCACCUGCCAUUGCAAAGGUAGCAUAUUCAGCACCAGCGGUAACAUCGUAUUCUUCAGGUAUUGGUCUUGCUAACGUUGCAUAUGCGGCAGCCCCUGCCGUUGCCAAGUAUGCCACAUACUCGGCUCCAGCAGUUAGUAUCGCCGCUGCACCAGCUAUUGCAAAAGUAGCAUAUUCAGCACCAACUAUAACCUCAUAUUCUACAGGAUAUGGUGUCAGUAAGCUUGCAUCGUACGCCGCUCCUGCAGUCGCAGUGACCGCCGCACCAGCCAUAGCGAAGGUAGCCUAUGCCGCUCCAGCAGUUAGCUCGUAUUCUACAGGCUAUGGUGUGAGUAAACUAGGAUCCUAUGCUGCUCCUGCCAUCGCUGUAACCGCUGCACCAGCAAUUGCAAAGGUAGCAUACGCCGCACCAGCCGUCAGCUCGUAUUCCACAGGGUAUGGUAUCAGCAAGCUAUCCUAUGGUGGCUAUGCGUCUCCUGCUGUUACAAAGGUAGCAUAUGCAGCUCCAUCAAUAGCUUCAUACUCAUCUGGUCUUGGUUUCGCCAAGGUUGCUUCUUAUGCUGCUCCAGCAGUUAGUGUUGCCGCCGCUCCCGCCGUAGCUAAAGUCGCCACAUACGCCGCACCUGCAGUCACAUAUUCAGCAGCACCAGUCGUUUCGAAAGUAGCUUAUGCAGCUCCAGCUGUUUCAUAUGCAGCACCAGCUGUGGCCAAAGUAGCUUAUGCUGCUCCAGCUGUUUCAUAUGCAGCACCAGCCGUGGCCAAAGUAGCCUAUGCUGCUCCAGCUGUUUCAUAUGCAGCCCCCGCGAUUUCCAAAGUAGCUUACGCUGCUCCGGCUGUAUCUUAUGCCGCUCCGGCUGUAUCUUAUGCCGCUCCGGCUGUUUCCAAAAUAGCUUAUGCUGCCCCAGCUGUUUCAUAUGCCGCUCCCGCUGUUUCCAAGAUUGCCUAUGCUGCCCCAGCUGUCUCAUAUGCAGCUCCAGCUGUAUCCAAACUAGCCUAUGCUGCCCCAGCUGUUUCAUAUGCAGCUCCAGCGGUAUCCAAAAUAGCCUAUGCUGCCCCGGCUGUUUCAUAUGCAAGUCCUGCCAUUGCUAAAGUAGGUUAUGCCGCUUCAGCUGUCUCAUAUGGCGCCCCAGCCGUUUCAUAUGCCGCUCCGGCUGUAUCUAAAGUCGCUUAUGCUGCCCCAGCUCUUUCAUAUGCAGCUCCAGCUGUUUCAAAACUCGCUUACGCUGCCCCAGCCGUUUCAUAUGCAGCUCCAGCUGUUUCAAAAAUUGCUUAUGCCGCUCCAGCUGUUUCAUACGCGGCUCCAGCUGUAUCCAAAAUAGCAUAUGCUGCUCCCGCUGUUUCAUAUGCCGCUCCGGCUGUUGCCAAAGUAGCCUAUGCAGCACCCGCUGUUUCAUAUGCGGCUCCAGCUGUCGCAAAGGUAGCCUAUGCCGCACCUGCCGUGUCAUACUCAGCAGCUCCUGUUGUCUCUAAAGUUGCUUACUCAGCAGCGCCUGCUGUUUCCACAGCUUACGUUUCAGCACCAGCUAAAAUUGCAGUAGCUGCUGCUCCAGCCCUUUCUGCAUCUUAUGUAUCUGCACCAGCUGUUUCUACCUCAUACGUUUCUGCCCCGGCUAAAGUUGCUGUCGCCGCAGCACCGAUUGUCGCCGCAGCUCCUGCUGUUUCAACAGCUUAUGUUUCUGCUCCCGCUAAACUUGCUGUAGCUGCCGCUCCAGCUGUUUCAUAUCACACCACCGGAGCUGGUUAUUCAGCGGCUGGUUAUCAUGGAGGUGCUGCAUAUACCGCUGGCAUUAAGGUGGCUGCCGCUCCAGCUGUUGCAUAUCAUGCAGGUUCUGCCGGUUAUUCGGCAUCUUAUCAUGGAGGAGCCGCCCAUCUUGUCGGUGCUGGUGCUGUGAAAGUGGCUGCAGCUCCCGCUGUUGUUAGCUACGCAGGUCACGGUGGCGGCCUUCUUGCUGGACACGGAGCCGGAUUAAUCGCAACAGGACAUGGAGCCGGGUUAGUUUCAUCAGGGCUUGGGUACGGAUAUUAUGGAGGUCUAGGACAUGGAGGAUACGCCAGUGGAGGAUACGCCAGUGGAGGAUACUAUGGUGGAGGAAUCCGCUAUGCUGCAGCCGCACCAGCUGUUGCUACAUAUGCAGCUGCCCCAGCUGCAUACAUCAAAGCUGCAGCCCCUGCAGUUAUCAAGCCAGUGAUUACAAAACAAUUGGAAUAUUAUGACGAUCAUCCUCGCUAUGCUUUCGAAUAUGGCGUACACGAUUCCCUAACAGGAGACAUCAAACAUCAAAAAGAAGAACGAGAUGGUGAUGUAGUUCAAGGUGAAUACUCCUUGGUUGAACCUGAUGGUAAUGUUCGCACUGUCCAUUACUACGCCGAUUGGGAAACUGGAUUCCAUGCAACUGUAACAAACAGCAGAGAUCAGGUCACAAAAGUCAUUGCAAAGAGAAACUCCGCCAAGGCGUAAGGACGCUUCAUAAAAAUGGAGGAAGGACAUUAUUUCUAAUGUAAAAUAUUAAUACUUGUAAUAAUGAUGAUAAACGUGUAGUAGUUGCGCGAUAAGAAAUUUUUUUUGUCUUAUUUUUGUUUUUAAUUUAAUUUUUGAUCGUUGAUUUUCUUGCCAUUUGACAAUAAUAUGUUUUAUUAUUCUUCUAUUUCAUAUUCAUAUAUAUAUAUAUCUAGGUGGUUUCAUCCACAUUUAGAUUGUCAUCAUCUAUCUCAUUGCUUUGAAAAAUACAAUUCAUAUUUUGUUACUAAAAAUUGUAAGGAAUGGAAUAUAAAACUAAAUCUUUUCUUGUUAAAUUUAGAUAAAUUUUGCCCCAUCACUGCUGAUAUUUCUGAAUAUGCAUUCAUAUUUUACUUUGCACUCAUACAUCUUUUUUACAUUAUGUAAAUAUUUAUUAAAAAUACAUAAACUAGACACUAUCACGUAUUGAUUUUUAUCAUGAUUAUUCGAAAAGGACACCGAAGAACAUAAGCGGAAUUUUCAUUCUUUAUUAAUCUUUAACUAACUGACUUCCUUAAAUCCAAUAUUGAAAAUAUAAAUUUUCCAUUUGCCUGAAUUUUCUACUGAAUGAAAAGCCCGCUAGUGUCCACGAUAUUCUGAUUUCCACCAAAAUGGAAUAAAUGAAAACACAUUCUCUCCAUCAAAUGAAAUAGAUUCAUGUAUCUAAUAUGCUUUGAAUCUUUAAACAGUUUGUAUUAUUGUUUUCCUCACAUAUGUAUUACGUAUUUUAUAUUUUUUGUGAUAAAAUUUGUCAUACGUAUGAAAAUGUAUUGCUAAACGACAGAAUAAAAUUUUAUAUCUUUUGUAUAAAUAGUGAAAUGUGUAAAUAUAUUUUUUCAAAUAAAAUCAAAGAAAAUUGAAUGAA